AGGAAGGAAGCGCACCGAGGGCCGGACAGCAGCUCCACCUGAAACGGGACGAGCGCAAAACCGCAGGGCUGAAGAAAGACAUCAUUCUGCAUCAUUAACUUUGUAUUAUUGCCUGAUGGAGCCACAGCAGUGCACUUCCUCUGCUUUUCCCUGAUGCUGUGUGAUUGGAGUUUCAACCAGCUCUUCCACCUAGAUGAGUUUUCAAGGAGGAGUGUGACGACAAGUGGAUUUCUCAUGCUGCACUAGUGCCUGUGUGAAAUGCUGGCCUGUCUGCCAGGACCAGGUGAAUUCUGCCUUCAGCUUCUCUCCUACACGCAGAUGAACACUGGACUUCAGAAAUGGGAAACUAUACAGAAGAUGAGAUCAGCACAGUAUCCAACCCCAGCACAAUUGGAUGCAUAUGCUGAGAAAGUUGCCAACAACCCACUGACUAUAAAGAUCUUCCCCAGCAGUGUCAAGGUUCCUCAAAGGAAUCACGUCCGCCGUACGGUGAACGGGCUAGACACCUCUUGCCAGCGCUACAGUCCUUACCCGUGCCAGGCCAAGGCAGGCCUCCUCGCUAUUGUCAAGGUUCCCGUCAAAGGGAUUGUUAAGGACUUUGACGGCAGCCGUGCACGCCUUCUCCCCGAGGUCAUGAGCCACCCUGCCAGGCCCUAUAUUGCGGAAAGCACUUUAAAUCUCCCCCAGACUGUCCCCCAACCACAGAGUCUUUCACGACCUCAGGCCUUACCCCAGCCCAGUUUACCCCACACACAGACUUUGCAGGCACAACAGCAGCCUUCGGCCCAGGGCCUGCGGCACCCAUCUGGCAUAGUGCAACCAGGCAGCCUACAGCACCCCCCGGGCCUACCCAGGCCACAGACUCUCCCCCAUCCACCCACCCUGGGCCAUGUCCCCACAAACCUCCUGCUGCAGCAGCAACAGCAGGCAGCACCCCCAGGUAUGCUGGGGAACAGGAAAAUGCUAGAUGCCGAUGCCCCGCCCAACGUGACCGUGUCUACCUCAACCAUUCCACUCUCCAUGGCAGCCAGCCUGCACCAAAACCGGCCAGCCGACCUGAGCAGCAUCGUGCACCAGAUCAACCAGUUCUGCCAAGCCAGGGCCAGCAUCAGCACUACCUCUGUGUGCGAGGGGCAGAUUGCCAACCCCAGCCCUAUCAGCCGCAGCCUGCUUAUUAAUGCCAGCUCUCGAGCAUCCCUGCAUAACCUGGGGCCCGGCACACUGCCCCCAUGCAUCCUCAACUCUGCUGACAAAACCUCCACUCCCGCUUCUCUGGCAGCCAUCGUGCCUCCCAGCAUGGCCACUGCAAACCGGAUGGCCGUGUAUGGGGACGUCAAACAGCAGCAGCAGCAGCAGCUCCGCACAUGGAACCAGCAUCAAUUGGCACAGCUGCAGCACGCUGCAGAAAGCAGUAACCCUGGCAAGCUGCCUUCACGCGAGGGCCCCAUGGGGCCUGGCUACCCUUGCAAGGCCAUGAACUACCCACAGGAAAUGUGCAUGGGCCAGCCAUAUAGCAUCAAGCCUCCAGUGGACAAACCCACCCCUUCACCUCCAGUCAAUGGAAUGCCAGGCACUGUGGUCUAUACCAAUGGGCACUACUUUCAGCCUGUGUGGAACAGCAUCCUGCCCACUCCCAACAGUGACAGCUCAGGCUCUCAGGACCUGGCUAUGCCCUUCCAUGGGGGCCCUGCAGGGUCCUCCAUAGACUGCGCCCCAGGGACACAUUACAGGGCUGGAGCCAGUUCGUCCAGCCAGACUAAUCUGAUGCAAACAGGGGAUUACUUGGGCGGUGACUUCCAGCCGCCCUGUUUCCGAGAUCAGAAUCUGGCCAUGAUGAGCAAGAUGCAGAGGCCUCCAGUCGGCCGGGCCCCAGAGCCAAGCGACAGUAGAAACAGUCACAUUCAGCAUCCAGGGUACAGAUAAGCUACAGCCUUCUAUGCUGUUAUUGAUCUUUUAGUCUUAAAUUAAAAGAAAUAAAUUAAUAAAUUAAAUGACCGCUGAAAUAUAUUUAACAAAGUAGUGUUUUGGGGGGUGGUGGGGUUUAUUUUAGGAAUUUGUUGACCUUGCAAGUGAUCCUAAAUAAUGUGUGCUCUUGCACAAAUUUGCAUUUCAGAUUUGCCAUUCCUAAGUUCUUCCUAUCUUGUCACUCUAUUCUUGUGUGUAUUUUGUCUUUUUGUUUCUGUGAGAAAUUGGAGAUUGUGCCGGAAUAGUCAAAGAAUGUCUUCAUCUAGCCAAUGUAACACUGGUAUUUGACACGGUCUUUGAAAAUUACUCAUACAGAAGCUUUCAUGAACUUUUUCCUUGUUAUAUGUUAUUUAUUGGACACUACAGAUAAAGGAAUGACACAUUUUGGGGCUUGUUUACAAAGAGGUUAAUUUUGGCUGGUUUUUUCCCCCCAUUUGAAAUAGACCAAAUUCAGUCCUGUAUGCAGGUUCAUUGUAUCACUAAAGUACUUUUUAGUGAUAUGUAUGAAUAUAAAGGUCUUAACUCGUUACAAUGAUGAUAUACCAGUGGACAUUGUACAUCUUUUAACUGAAACCUGCAGAAAGUGAUUGCUUUAAAAUACUGGCAUUUGCUUAGUUUUCUUUUUGAAUGAAAACUUUCUCAAAAAAUAGUAAUAGGAGAUUAGUUGGUUGUUUUUUAGGGAUUAAAUGUUGGGAAAGUAAACAUACUGGAACAUUUGUAGAAGUUUGUGGGGGGAAAAAUCUGGUCUAUCUGAACCAAAUGGAAAUGUUCAUUUUGUUUUCCUAUGUCAACAGAAUUGACUUGGACUAAACUACUACUGAUAGUGGAAAUGGUGUACUGUGUGUGAAAGGACUCUGAACAUGGUGACACUGAUCACUUCCAAGUUUGGGUUUUUUAAAUAUCCAAUUCUGCAAAUGCAUUGUUUAUUUCUAUUGUACACUGGCUUAACUACUGUACUACUGUAUCUUAAAGUGUAAUGACUGCGUGAAUGUGGCCAGUUAGUGUGGGUUUGGGUAGUGUGGGUGGGUGGGUGGUUCUGUGGACAUCCACCAAGUGUUUGCCUCCCUCUUGGCCAGCCCUUUAAAUAAGCCUUAAGUAGUGUGGUCCUUGAACUUCUCCUUUAAAAGAAGCAUGGUACAAACAGGGAACUAAAAUAACAGUGGGGAUUACAAUGACAAUACAGACAAACCGUACUUUUUUUUUUUUUUUUUUUUUUUUACUGGAGCUAUAGUUGAAUAGAAAAGUGAUUCUUAGACUUUCAUAAAAGGACAAAAUCAUAAAUGGACUAAUAUUUUAUUGUAAUUAUAUUUUAUAGCUACGUGUUAGUACUGGGCUGUAACAAAGGUCUUUUCAAGGCUUCAGUUUUUUGGUAAUUUGUGACUAUUUAUAUUGCUUGAUUUGCUUGUUAUUUAAAUCAAUUUUAAUUUCUUUCCUUUUGCUCUUGCAACAAAAGGAAGAAAAUCCUUAAUGCCUUUCUUUUGUCACAGUGUGGCUGUUCAGCAGACAAGACG